AUGGCUAACUCAUUUCUGUCCUUUCCAAUUCUUGGCUCCUUUCUUCUCUUCUUGUUUGCCAUUUCAGGUGGAAGUUUGAGGCCUGCAAAUGGACAAGCAUCUGGACAGGGACUUUGGUGCAUUGCUCGGCCGUCCACAUCGGAUCAGGCACUGACAGAUAACAUAAACUAUGCAUGUGAUAUAGUAAACUGUAGCUUGAUUCAGCAAGGAGGGUCCUGCUUUUACCCUACUAGUCUGAUGAACCAUGCCUCAGUUGUAAUGAAUCUUUACUACCAGAAAGUGGGAAGACACUAUUGGAACUGUGAUUUCAAGAAUUCUGGUCUCACUGUUGUCACUGAUCCAAGCUAUGGUGACUGCAAAUAUCAAUAUGCUAAUUAG